GCCGUUUCCUUCACCGGCGUGAGGGUAUUUCGGCCCUUGGGGUUUCUGGGCGCGGCGGCUCGCCUUCGCCACCUCCGCGCCCGAGCGGGUUCGCAGGCUCCCGAGUUCUUCCCGCUGCCCGCCACCGGCUCUCCGUCGCGGCGUGACUCUCAGGGCCAGAAUGAGUCUGUUUGGAACCACCUCGGGUUUUGGAACUAGUGGGACCAGCAUGUUUGGCAGCACAAACACAGAUAACCACAACCCUAUGAAGGAUAUUGAAGUAACAUCCUCUCCUGAUGACAGCAUUGGUUGUCUAUCUUUUAGCCCACCAACCUUGCCCGGCAACUUUCUUAUUGCAGGAUCGUGGGCUAACGACGUUCGCUGCUGGGAAGUUCAAGAUAGUGGACAGACUAUUCCAAAAGCCCAGCAGAUGCACACGGGGCCUGUGUUAGAUGUCUGCUGGAGUGAUGAUGGGAGCAAAGUAUUCACAGCAUCAUGUGAUAAAACUGCCAAAAUGUGGGACCUCAACAGUAACCAGGCAAUACAGAUUGCACAGCACGAUGCUCCUGUGAAAACCAUACAUUGGAUCAAAGCACCAAACUACAGCUGUGUGAUGACCGGGAGUUGGGAUAAGACUUUGAAGUUUUGGGAUACACGAUCAUCAAAUCCCAUGAUGGUUUUGCAGCUCCCUGAAAGAUGUUACUGUGCCGAUGUGAUCUACCCUAUGGCCGUGGUGGCAACUGCAGAGAGAGGACUGAUUGUCUACCAGUUAGAGAAUCAACCUUCUGAAUUCAGGAGGAUAGAAUCUCCACUGAAACAUCAGCAUCGAUGUGUGGCUAUUUUUAAAGACAAACAGAACAAGCCGACUGGUUUCGCCCUGGGAAGCAUUGAGGGGAGGGUUGCUAUUCACUACAUCAACCCCCCAAAUCCCGCCAAAGAUAACUUUACCUUCAAAUGUCACCGCUCGAACGGAACCAAUACUUCAGCCCCUCAGGACAUCUACGCGGUAAAUGGGAUCGCAUUCCAUCCUGUCCAUGGCACUCUUGCCACUGUGGGAUCUGAUGGUAGAUUCAGCUUUUGGGACAAAGAUGCCAGAACGAAACUAAAAACUUCAGAACAGUUAGAUCAGCCGAUAUCGGCUUGCUGCUUCAAUCACAAUGGAAACAUAUUUGCCUAUGCUUCCAGCUACGACUGGUCAAAGGGACAUGAAUUUUAUAAUCCCCAAAAGAAAAAUUACAUUUUCCUGCGUAAUGCAGCCGAAGAGCUAAAACCCAGGAAUAAGAAGUAGUGGCCGGAGACUUCUGGGUUGUCCAGAGCUGUUUCCUCUCUACUCUGCCUCGUCUUUGUAUGGAUUUGGGUACCAGUGUUUGGUAGGUUGUCAGCCCUGGAUGUGGAUUUCAAGCCCCGGAGAAAACAGUGUCCUUGAUCAGCAGUCAGGAGCCCUGCCGGCCACGGUGACUGUCCUUCUCUCCAUUCCACUGCCUGUUACAGAUUUCUUCUGUGACUCCAUGGGGAUUGAAAUAGAUUCUAGAAGUUAGAUUCCUGUGGGCGACUGCCAGGUAUUUUGCAGUGCUUCAUUCAGCCAUGUAUGUAUUCGAGAACAUUGGGAAACAUUCUAUGAACGCUGUACUGUAUUUUGUAAUAAAAUAUUUUGAAGAUUCCCUACUAAGCUCCCUAUGUGUGUCUCUCUCCCCUUGCCUGCCCC